AUGCACAUUCAUCAGACCAUUCCUGUUACGAUUGUGGAUCCUGUGACGUCUGCACCGUCACCCGCCCUGAAACAUAUUGAGGACCGCACGUUGUACGCGUACCGCAACAUGGGGUUUGCGCUAACGCACUUUCACCCCGCAUUGGUUGGCGCGGACUGCCACCCCGUUGUUAUUGAAAACAUGAACCAACUACGCAUUUAUCACCGGAGGGAGUAUACGUAUCAUUUAUUGCUGCGUCGAACGUAUAAUGUGAAGACUUUUCAGACGGCACUUGGCAUCAUGGCCGACCCAAAUGAACCCUUUACCAAUGUGGAUGAGUUAAUUGACGGUAGGCAGCUUGUCUAUCACCAUACCGGGGCGGAUCAGGAUAUUAUCAAGGGCUUCUGUCGCCAAUUAGAGUCCCCCUUUGCUCCUGCGACACAUCUUCGACUGGAUGCCGUGGCCGUGAGUCCCCAUGCAUCGGCACUGAUUACAUCCUGUGACACGUUGACCGACGCGUUUCUGUUGAACUUUGUCCGGACAGCCCACUACACAUAUUAUCUCUAUCAACGCACUACGAACCCGCGUUAUUUAGAAGCUUGGGGAAGUGUUUAUGGGUCACCCAAGCUUCCCCUGAAAAGGCCACUGCUCCUCUACAUUGGUGUUGGUCCACAGGAGUUUACUGAAGGCCAGAUGGAGGAGAGUAUGCGACGUUCACUACAGUCUCUCGUGGCAAUUGCAACGAAACGUAUAGAGGCACCGCCAACUGAACCUUCAGCAGAGUUGAUGCCCGCCUCUGUAAGACGGUUGGCAGAAAAAUAUGGCGUUCGUUUGUUGCAACGGUGGCAAAUGCGUUACUUUAUGGUGCGGCGUUGA